AUGGUUGAUGAUGAUGAACGUCGAUGGCGUCAUUUUAAUCCAGAAAUACCGAAAAGAUCUGGAAAAAUAAGUGAGCUUGAAAAGUUUGAUGCGACUUUUUUCGGAGUACACUUCAAGCAAGCCCAUACAAUGGAUCCACAAACACGAAUAUUAAUUGAGAUGGCCUAUGAAGCUGUUAUAGACUCAGGAAUAAAUCCAAAAAGUCUACGUGGAUCUAAAACUGGAGUGUACAUAGGGUCUUGUAUAUCUGAAUCCGAAAAAACGUGGUUUUAUGAAAAAGUUUCAUCGGGAGGGUUUGGAAUCACAGGAUGUAGUCGUGCUAUGAUGGCAAACCGAAUUUCAUACUGUUUGGGACUUGAAGGACCCUCUUUUUUAUUAGAUACAGCAUGUUCUAGUUCAAUGUAUGCGUUAGACAAUGCAUUCAGCGCUAUUCGAAAUGGAGAAAUUGAUGCGGCAAUUAUUGGUGGAUCAAAUUUACUACUUCAUCCAUUUGUAACACUCCAGUUCGCACGACUUGGCGUUCUUGCGCCUGAUGGGUUUUGUCGUCCCUUUGAUAAAAAUGCUAGUGGUUAUACAAGAUCAGAGGCCAUAAAUUGCCUUUUUUUACAAAAGAAAAAAAACGCUAAACGUGUUUAUGCAACCGUAGUUUAUUCAAAAACCAACUGCGAUGGAUACAAGCCGGAGGGUAUAACAUAUCCAUCAGGUAUAAUCCAGGAGAAAUUGCUUGACGAGUUUUACAAAGAAAUUGGUGAUAAGCCAAGGUCUUUGGGGUAUUUGGAAGCUCACAGUACUGGAACGGUAGUCGGUGAUCCUGAGGAAUGUAAAGCAAUCGAUAAUGUGUUAUGCAGUCAAAGGACAGAGCCAUUAUUGGUUGGUUCCGUGAAAUCAAAUGUUGGUCAUUCCGAAGCAGCUUCUGGAAUAUGUUCAUUAGUAAAAGCUUGCUUUGCUUUUGAAACUGGAUUAAUUGCACCAAACAUAAACUUUACUGAGAUCAAAGAAAUAAUUGCACCGUUAUCCGAAGGAAGGUUAAUUGUUGUAAAAGACGUAACUCCGUUACCAAAGCCCUUUAUUGGAAUAAAUUCUUUUGGGUUCGGUGGAGCUAACGCGCAUGCACUCUUGAAGGGUAAUCACAAGUCCAAAGAUAAUUUUGGAUUACCACAAGAUGAAGUGCCGCGUCUACUCACAUGGUCAGGAAGAACAGAGGAGGCAGUUCAGGAGAUUUUUAGUGCUGUAGAGAAAAAUCCUUUGGAUGCUGAAUUUAUUGGAUUGCUUCAAAAUAUUCAAGAGGAAGAUGUUUCAGGAAUGGUAUUUCGGGGAUAUGCAGUUUUUGCUAAGCAAGGAGUUGAACCAUGUAAGAUAUUAUCAAGAGAUAUUCAGCAUUAUACUGGUCUUCGACGGCCGAUUGUCUGGGUUUUUAGCGGAAUGGGAUCACAAUGGAACGAAAUGGGAAGAUCACUUAUGAUAUUACCUCGGUUUCGGGAAGCAAUUGAAUUUUGCCACCAGAUAUUGAUAUCCAAAGAUAUAAACCUUAUACAUAUACUAACAUCCCCUGAUCCAGAAAUUUACCAAAACAUUUUGAAUUCAUUUGUGGGAAUCGCAGCUGUGCAAAUUGGCCUAACAGAUGUCUUGCGGUCUCUUAAUUUUCAACCUGACUUCAUUAUUGGACACUCUGUUGGUGAAUUAGGCUGCGCAUAUGCGGAUGGUGGGUUAAAUGCUCAUCAAAUGAUAUUAGCUGCCUAUUAUCGUGGAAGAGUUAGCGUGGAUCUAGAAAAAAUAAGAGGUUCAAUGGCAGCAGUGGGCCUCGGCUACAAGACUAUUCAACAUAUGCUGCCAAAGUCGAUCGAAAUAGCUUGUCAUAAUGGCCCGGACUCAUGUACAAUAUCUGGUCCAGAAGAUGAGGUUUCUCAGUUCAUAGCUGAAUUAAAAACUAAGGGCAUUUUCGCAAGGGAAGUUCCCUGUUCAAAUAUAGCUUAUCAUUCAAAAUACAUAGCCCACAUGGGGCUCCCUUUACUAGAAUACAUGAAAGAAAUUAUUCCAAAUCCUAAGCACAGAUCUAUAAAGUGGUUAAGUACAAGUGUUCCCAAAAAUGACUGGAAUAAGGAUGAAGCAAAGUUUUGUUCUGCAGAGUAUCAUACUAAUAACUUAUUGAACAGUGUACUUUUUGAGGAAACACUUUCAUUGCUACCUAAAAAUUCACUAACUAUUGAAGUAGCUCCUCAUGGCCUUUUAGGUGCUAUUCUUAAGCGAUCAAUGCCUAAUGGUGUAAAUAUCUCUUUAACAAACAGGGGUAACAAAAAUAACGCAUUGUUUUUCCUUGCUGCUCUUGGGAAGUAUGUAUAAAUUUGGUAGACAGUCAUUAAAAA